AUGGCCGGCCUCAGUCCCCAAAUAACGAACAUGGUGAUCAUCCUGGGUAUGGUCCAGGUUGCGAAGAAGAUACCUUUUGAGGACCCGAACGUCCUCAACAUGGCCCGCGCCGGUUACAUUCUCAGCAACGUCAUCAUCCUCGCUAUUCACCUCUACAUCAUGUCUACCAUUAACAAAAAGAAGGACCUGACCACGCUCAAGUACGUCGAGCCGGCGCCGAUGGGUUCAUCCGAGGAGCCCAAGCUCGUGACGACGACCAUCCACGCAUACGACAUGGGCCAGCUCAAGACCGCUCUCCGCUCGCAGGCCAUGGGUGUCGGCAUGAUGGCCUUCAUGCACCUUUACAUGAAGUACACCAACCCGCUCCUGAUCCAGUCCAUCAUCCCGCUCAAGGGCGUCUUCGAGUCGAACCUUGCCAAGAUUCACCUCUUUGGCCAGCCCGCCGCCGGUGACCUGAAGCGACCCUUCAAGGCCGCCGCUGGCUUGAUGAGCGGCCUCCAGAGCGGCCCCGCCCAGAGCGACAAGAAGGCCGUCGAGGCGGCUGAGCGCGCCGGUCGCGGCGGUGCCAAGGAGGAGUAG